UCCCGUGACUCCUCCCCCGUGCGUGACUCGGCGGCGACAUCGCGUCCUGUGACCUCUUUACCGUGACCCCUGCACCCCGUGACCUCGCGCUUGACCUCCCCCCCCCAUCCUUACACCUCGGAGCUGACCUCGCCGCUCUCCCCAGGGGUCGCGGUGCCAUGAAGAGCCUCCCGUACUGGUGCCGCGGCAAGGUGGUUAAGGGGUUCGGCAGAGGCAGCAAGCAGCUCGGCAUACCCACGGCGAACCUCCCCGAGUCGGUGUUGGAGCAGCUCCCGGCGGACGUGGCCACGGGGAUUUACUUCGGCUGGGCGUGCGUGGGCAGUGGCGACGUGCACAAGAUGGUGAUGAGCAUCGGCUGGAACCCGUUCUAUAAUAACACUAAGAAGUCCAUGGAGGUGCACAUCAUCCACUCCUUUGAGGAGGACUUCUACGGCGAGGUGCUGAGCAUUGUGAUCCUUGGUUACAUCCGUGUGGAGAGAGGAUUCGACUCCCUGGACGACCUCAUUGACGCCAUUCACAACGACAUCAGGAUGGCCUCGAGUCAGCUGGACUUGGCGGAGUACAAGGCCUACCAGCAAGAAAACUUCUUUCGGCGCCCAGACCUUAAGAGGCCCAGCAUUCCUUCGGCUUGACAGCGCUUGGCGCUUCCACGUGCGAUAUCCAUAAAAAAACAGAUUAGCGGUUAUUGCACUGCCUAGGUUUCCACGGUUAAACUGUGUGUGUAGCUCUACGAUAUGUGUUUUUUUUUCUAGUUGUACCGCGCGUUGGUCGGAACGGUGUCCCCGACGUUUCGCUCCGCCAAGAGCUUCGAAAGCGGUUGCUGAACAAGCUCCCAGCGCGAGACAUUGAACACCAUUCCGAACAACGUGCGGUGCAACCAGAAAACGCAUCGGAGACAAGGAAUAUUUCUUGGCAUGCCUAAGUGUAUUUAUGGUUUAAUUGUUAUUUUUAGUUGUUACAUUUUACGAAGUAUUCUUGUCAGUUAUAUCCAGCAAGGUCUUUGGCAGGCUCCAUGUUUUCAGAUCCAGAGAUUAUUUAUUCCGUUUAAGCACUCAAGAGUGCAAAGCCGUGCCUGUGUUCUCUGAUGGGCAUGCAUGGGUGCUGCCGAUCUGUUACCAUCUCUUCUGUUUCAGUUACUUACUGCUCAUAGUCUGGUCUCUCGUGUCGCAUUACGAUGUAAAAUGUAAUCUGUUUCGCAGAUUUAAUUGCAAUAUUUUAAAUAAGCUCUCGAAUCAUUAAAUAAAGUAUAUUUGAGAUUUUCAAAAAA